AGAACUGGACCAGAGGAGUCAGAAGUCACUCAGCAGAGAUCAAAGACACAGCCGAGGGGGUUUGUGCUGACAAAGCGAGUUGAACGGUGUUUGAUUUGGGACAUAUUUACUUUGGAAAAUACCCAACACCGGCCCAGCACCAAAGUUCACAUUGAAACCCCACUGGUGACCUUGGCGCAUUUCAUCUCUGCAACACCACUUCUCAGAAGCACAGAGCUUUAGCUCUGCCAAAAUGAAACGCCUGUUCCAACCCCUCAUCAUUUCUCUCAUCCUAAUGUCCAUGUGUGGGAGCAGUCAGCUUGAGAAAGAAGGGGAAGAUUCUCCAUCUGCAGACCCCCAACGGGGGCAGUUAAGUAGCAAAAACUUGACCAUGCCCCUUCUCCCCGCCGACUUCCACAAGGAAAACACGGUCACCAACGACUGGAUCACAGAGGGGGAGGAGGAUGAGGACUAUCUGGACCUCGAGAAGAUAUUCAGCGAAGAUGAUGACUAUAUUGACAUUAUCGAUGCAGUUUCGCCAACCGAUUCAGAGUCCGGUGCUGGGAACAUCCUCCAGCUCUUUCAAGGCAAGAGCCGGAUCCAGCGCCUCAACAUCCUCAAUGCCAAGUUCGCUUUCAACCUUUACCGAGUGCUGAAGGAGCAGGCCCGCUCUUCAGACAACAUCUUCAUAGCCCCAGUGGGCAUUUCCACGGCCAUGGGUAUGAUUUCCUUCGGCCUGCAGGGGGAGACCUAUGAACAAGUGCAUUCGAUUUUGCAUUUCAAAGACUUUGUCAACGCCAGCAGCAAGUAUGAGAUCAUGACCAUUCACAAUCUCUUCCGUAAGCUGACUCAUCGCCUCUUCCGGAGGAAUUUUGGGUACACACUGCGGUCAGUCAAUGAUCUUUACGUCCAGAAGCAAUUCCCAAUCCUGGAUGACUUCAAAAGAAAAGUAAGAGAGUACUACUUUGCAGAGGCCCAGGCGGCUGACUUCUCAGACCCUGCCUUCAUAGCGAAAACCAAUAACUACAUUCUGAAGAUCACCAAGGGUCUCAUAAAAGACGCUCUGGAGAAUAUAGACCCAGCUACUCAGAUGAUGAUUCUAAACUGCAUCUACUUUAAAGGAUCCUGGGUGAAUAAAUUCCCAGUAGAAAUGACACACAACCACAACUUCCGGCUGAAUGAGCGAGAGGUGGUCAAAGUUUCCAUGAUGCAGACCAAGGGGAACUUUCUGGCAGCAAAUGACCAGGAGCUGGACUGCGAUGUCCUGCGGCUGGAGUAUGUGGGGGGCAUCAGCAUGCUAAUCGUGGUCCCGCACAAGCUGUCUGGGAUGAAGACCCUCGAGACACAGCUGACGCCCCAGGUGGUGGAGAGAUGGCAGAAAAGCAUGACAAACAGAACUCGAGAAGUGCUUCUGCCAAAAUUCAAGCUAGAGAAGAACUAUAACCUGGUGGAGGCCCUGAAGUCAAUGGGGGUCACAGCACUGUUUGACAAAGACAGCAAUAUGACAGGAAUCUCAGACCACAGGAUCACCAUCGACCUGUUCAAGCACCAAGGAACCAUCACGGUGAACGAGGAGGGCACCCAGGCUGCCGCCGUGACCACGGUGGGGUUCAUGCCGUUGACCACCCAAGUCCGUUUCACUGUCGACCGCCCCUUCCUCUUCCUCAUCUAUGAGCACCGCACCAGCUGCCUGCUCUUCAUGGGGAGAGUUGCCAACCCCACCAAGUCUUAAAGGUGGAGGUCUGGGCAUUUCAAGUGUUUUGGGGGCAUUCUGUAAUUCUGGUUCCAUUCUAGCAAUGAGAAUGGAGAUGUUUUGGCAUCAUGGCUUUCUUGGAUUAUGCUACCAUUCUGAAAUCAAGGCCCACAGGAGAGAAGACAUGUACAAAUGACUGAGAAGCUCAUUGGAAUCCGUUCAGCACAGUGAACAAUGCCAGCAGUUCAUAGAAGUUAAUGUACCUGUCAUAUGCCAGCUGUUACCUAGAGGGUGUCAGCAACAUACGGGACUGGCUUACUCCCGCCUCCUCCGUGCAAACCUAUAGAGGGCUUAUCUGUGCACUUCCUUCCCUGCAGUCCCUGUCCUUGAACUUUUGGCUCUAUUAACUCAAAUUACCAGCGCUCCUCAUCUGAACACAGAACACAGAACACAGAAAUGAGCUGCGAGACUAAUUUCUCACCUCUCCCAAGGAUGGUGCCCAGGACAGAAGCAAUCUCAUGACAUUGAAGGGGUGCCCUGGAUGUUAGGGCUUAAUUCUCUCAAGGCCUAACCUUCUGAAUUGAUGCUAAAUGUCAUCUAUACUUCUGCUGUCACCUCACUGCUGCUCAGAGGACAGUGUGUACACAUGGCCAUGCCUUCCACCUUAGAGAUAAAUAAAUAUCACCACUUUUACUGUG